AUAUAUCUAUAUGCUCAUACAGCAGCCAGGCAUAUAGUUUAGGUAGGGGUUUUAAUUUACUUUUCUCUCGGUAGCAGUGCACAAGGAUUUGUUCAAUUUUCUCAAGAAAAAUUUUUUUCAUGGAAAAUCCACUGCAAAUCUAACAUAACAUCGAAGGAAAGUGGUAAUCAUCGUUUUGUUAAUCAGUAGUCGAUAAGAAGAUCCGAAAAAGAGAUGCAGGGGAAGGUGGAGGGCGGCGUGAAAUCGUCGUCCCAAUGCGGGUUGAAGUCAGAUCUGUCAUCGAAUAACACCAGCUUCUUCUCCUCCUCCUUGUCUCUGAAAUCCCUGAAGCUGAAGACGAAGCAGCAGGCUCUCCUGAUUCGAGUCACAAUCCUCGGCCUCGUCUACGUCCUCGCCUUCAUCAGUCGCCUCUUCAGCGUCCUCCGCUACGAGAGCAUGAUCCACGAGUUCGAUCCCUACUUCAAUUACAGGACCACUCUGUUCCUGACCGAGAAGGGCUUUUACGAGUUCUGGAACUGGUUCGAUUCCGAGAGCUGGUACCCUCUAGGUCGCAUCAUCGGCGGCACUCUCUACCCGGGUCUCAUGGUCACUGCCGCUCUAAUCUACUGGGCUAUCAAGUUCCUCCGAUUCUCCGUCCAUAUCCGCGAGGUCUGUGUCUUGACUGCCCCUUUUUUCGCUUCCAACACCACUAUCGUCGCUUACUUGUUUGGGAAAGAGCUAUGGGACUCUGGUGCUGGCCUCGUCGCCGCCGCACUCAUCGCCAUUUGCCCUGGUUACAUCUCCAGGUCCGUUGCUGGCUCUUAUGAUAAUGAGGGCGUUGCCAUUUUCGCUUUGUUGUUGACUUUCUAUCUUUUUGUUAAGGCCGUCAAUACCGGCUCCCUUGCUUGGGCUCUGGCCUCUGCAUUUGGAUACUUCUAUAUGGUUUCGGCCUGGGGCGGUUAUGUUUUCAUAAUUAAUCUCAUUCCGCUCUAUGUAUUGGUUCUCUUGAUCACUGGGAGGUAUUCCAUGAGGUUGUAUAUUGCCUAUAAUUGUAUGUAUGUGCUUGGAAUGUUGCUGGCUAUGCAAAUUCGCUUUGUGGGUUUUCAGCAUGUGCAGUCUGGAGAGCAUAUGGCUGCAAUGGGCGUGUUUUUCUUGAUGCAGGUGUUUUACUUCUUGGAUUGGGUCAAGCACCUUUUGAAUGAUCCAAAACUGUUCCAAGCCUUUCUGAGGAUCACUGUGACCUUUGCAGUAGGUGUGGGUGCAGUUGCUCUGGGAGUCGGCACAGCAUCUGGGUAUAUCUCUCCAUGGACUGGUCGAUUUUACUCUCUACUGGAUCCAACUUAUGCCAAAGAUCACAUACCUAUUAUUGCAUCUGUAUCUGAGCAUCAGCCAACAGCAUGGUCAUCUUUCAUGUUUGAUUUCCAUAUUUUGCUUUUCCUUUUCCCAGCGGGUUUGUAUUUUUGCUUCAAGAAGUUGUCAGAUGCCACAAUAUUCAUAGUAAUGUAUGGUCUCACGAGCAUGUAUUUUGCUGGGGUUAUGGUUCGAUUAAUUCUCGUUGCUACACCUGCAGUAUGCCUUAUAAGUGCUAUUGCAGUCUCUGCCACUAUAAAGAAUUUAACUCAGUUGGUCAGGGCAAAGAGCAAGGUUGCUCAUUCUGGUGCUGGCAAGGGAACUUCUAGUGCAAAGGCUUCUUCUAAGGCUUCGCUUGAUCAAUCUCUGCCUUUCCAGAGAAACAGUGCUAUUGCACUGCUUCUUGGUGCUUUCUACUUGCUCAGUAGAUAUGCUACCCACUGCACUUGGGUCACUUCAGAGGCAUAUUCAUCUCCCUCAAUUGUCUUAGCUGCAAGGGGUGCACAUGGUAACAGGGUCAUUUUUGAUGAUUACCGCGAAGCAUACUUCUGGCUUCAGCAGAAUACUCCUCCAGAUGCUAAGGUGAUGUCUUGGUGGGAUUAUGGGUACCAGAUCACUGCCAUGGGAAACAGAACUGUGAUUGUAGACAACAACACCUGGAACAAUACACACAUUGCUACUGUUGGACGGGCAAUGUCAUCUUAUGAAGACGAAGCAUACGAAAUAAUGAGAUCACUGGAUGUGGAUUAUGUUCUAGUUGUAUUUGGAGGUGUUACUGGUUAUUCUUCUGAUGAUAUUAACAAAUUUUUGUGGAUGGUGAGAAUUGGAGGUGGAGUUUUUCCUGUCAUCAAGGAACCUGAUUACCUUGUCAAUGGCGAGUAUCGUGUCGACAAAGGGGCAGCUCCAAAGAUGUUGAACUGUCUAAUGUACAAGCUGUCUUACUAUCGGUUUGGGGAGCUGACAACAGAAUAUGGCAAGCCUCCUGGGUAUGAUCGAGCAAGGGGGGUUGAAAUAGGUAAUAAAGAUGUGAAACUUGAAUACUUGGAAGAGGCGUUCACGACAUCUAAUUGGAUAGUUCGGAUUUACAAAGUCAAACCACCCAAUAACAGGUGGUAAUUCUCACACAAAAAUCUGGCCCCUCUCCUUCUAAGGAAAUGGUAGAUUUACUUUGAGAGGUUGAGUAAUGGAUACAUUUAUAGAUAGAUCCAUAUUUUUUUCUGUUGAGUAUGUUUUUGUAACAAACAAGGCUUUUACAAUUUGCACUUUCUUUUUGAGACUUUUGUAGUGAAGCUUUGACCAAGUCUUGUGGUUUAAUAGUUGACAGGAUCCUUCCCUGCUUCGAAAUAGUUUGCUUUUUAUCUUUCUUUCUUUUUUUGUAACCAAUAUUGGUAUGCCAUAUGGAGACGUGAUCUGUUUUCUGGCUGCAAAUGUGAGGUGCAGGGCACUUGGGUA